GAAGCCGAACCACCACCUGCCAAACCCUCCCACCUUCCUCUUCCUCUCCUCCUCCUCCUCCUUCUCCGGCUGGAAACAGGAGCCGGCGUCCGGGCCAAGCAAUGUAUUGAUCUGUUUGCUUGUUCUCCGGCGGAUCCUCCAUGCGUCAGCCCCGGGAAUGGAUCAGGAAUCCGGUGCGGCGUCCGCGGGGAGUUUCAUCCCCCUGAACGAACACGAGCAGAGGUAUUACUCAGGUCUCCACGGUCUGUGCCAGGCGGACACUUCAGGAAAACUGUCGUCCGGCAAAGUGGCGGAGCUGUUCAAGGCGUCUCAGCUGCCUGCGGAGUCCCUGCAUAAAGUGACUGAGGUGUGUGGAGCAAAACGUCUGGGUUACUUCGGUACUCCUCAGUUCUACGUGGCCCUGAAGCUGCUCGCAGCCGCCCAGUCUGGUCUGCCCAUCCGCCUGGAGAGUGUAACAGCCAAUCUACCUCUGCCCAGAUUUGUUGGGCUUAUAAAUGAACCAGAGGUGCGAUAUCCAGCCGUCCCUCCCAGCAUCGAUGCUCAGGGGGCUCAGUGUGGAUCAGCUCCCGGUUCUGUCUCCUGGACUCCAGCGGAGAGGAGCACCUUCAGACACCUGGAGGCCAAUGCAGACAAAAAGGAGCCUUGGUCUCCACCACGAUCACCGUGUAGUUCUCCACCUCGCUCUCCACUGACCUACCGCAGCUACCCAUACUCCAAGCAGAGAAAUGGGGUUGACUCUCAGAUCGCCUAUGAAAGCAAACAUUCCUCGCGGCCGAUCGUUCAGCUGGAGCAGCACUCCUCGCCCAGCAACUACGGGACCAAACCCACUGUGGAGCAGCAGGCCAUGGCUCGGGCUUCUUCAGUAGAGAGGCUCGAUCAGCAGGGUCUGGUGGACUACACUGACGACGACCCCUGGAGGAUCACAGAGGAACAGCUGGAUUAUUACACUAAUCAAUUCAAAACCCUGCAGCCUGACCUGGGGGCUCUGAUCCUGGGAGCGGUAGCAAAGAACUUCUUCACAAAAUCCAAGCUCCCAAUACCGGAGCUCUCUCACAUUUGGGAGUUGAGUGAUGUGGAUAGAGAUGGAGCUCUCACUUUCUCUGAGUUCUGCACAGCCUUUCACUUGAUUGUGGCGCGCAAGAAUGGUUACCCUCUUCCAGAGAGCCUUCCUCCAACCCUGCGGCCGGGGUUCAUGCAGUCUGAAGAGGACAUACCCGACACUCCUGAGAGUGCAGAGCCUUUAAUUGUAUUUGAGGAUACAGAACCAAGGCCCAGUCAGAUGGAUCGAGGCAUUAUAGAGAGACUCCAGCCAGGCUUGACCACAAUCACACAAGAUGUGAAAGAGGAAUCCAGUAAACAAGAUUCAAGUGUGCAGAGGGCAGGGACUCAAGAGAAACAGAGGCUACAACUUGGUGCUUUUCCUGCGAGACCAGAACCACCUCAAGAUCUGGACCCACAAAUGAGGACAAAAACUAGACCAAGGUCCUACUCCAGCACUUCUAUCGAAGAUGCCAUGAAGAAGGCAGAAGAGCCUCCCACCCCUCCUCCGCGACCACAGAAAACCCACUCCAGGGCCUCCUCGCUGGACCUCAACAAGCUCUUCCAGCAGGGUGCAGGUCCAGGGGUAAAAAGUGGCUGGCUGCUGCCUCCUCCAGCCCUCCCUCCCAGACCAUCAACCUCACAGGUUUCUCAUUUUAUCAACGUUUCAGAGGUGCCUCCCCCGAAUAAAGUACAGCAGCCGAACUUUGCCGACUUCAGUCACUUCAGAGAAGAGGAGGAGAGCAGCAUGAAACCUGAAGAGCAGAGUCCACGCUCCAGAUUUGGACCAAGUACUGAAGACUUGACGAAUCAGUCAAAACAGGACAUCAUCGGCUCUUCUCACAGUCAGGCGCCACAGAAGCCAGUUCGCAGGAAAUAUCACCCAGAGAGCCAAAACCUGGAGACUGCACCUCCACCUGCCACGUCAUUCCCUCCCGCUGCCAAAACUACCCAGAAGCUUCUGUCCAAACAGAAGAGGGAAAUCCAGAUGGCGAUCCGUAAGAACAAGGAAACCAACGCAGUGCUUACGCGCCUCAAUAGCGAGCUCCAGCAGCAGCUUAAGGUGGUUCACCAGGAGAGAGUCACCUUGGAGUCCCAGCUGGAGCUCCUGCGGCCUCUGGCCUCGACGUGACUGAGCCUGAGGUCUGGCUAGGGUCGAGUUACCAGUCCUGCACCGGCAAGCAUCGGUUUCUCUCUUUAACAUGAAUGUUUGAGCCAAGAUACAGAAAGUUGCUGUCUUUUGUCAUGAAUACAAAAUAAAUGUAAAAGGGCUUGACCCAACAAGCAGGGAUGUUACUUAUCUUCAAUUAACAGCUCCAGUCCCACAUCACAUGUUACUUUUAAGGAUGAACCUUGCGUUGUUGUUUUUUUUUUUUUUUUAAUCACUGUGUCAUAUGAACAUGUAAAAUAUCAUGUUUUUCAUUGUGACAUUCUAACUUAUUUUUGAUCUACUGUUAGUUUCUCUCAUAAAUCCUCUAUUGUUUACAACACGUGUAACAGUUUGCACACAUAUCUCCAUGACUGAUAAAUGUUUGUUGUGUGGAAAUCGUCGAAACUGAAAUCCUCCCAGUUUUUAUAUACAUGUGUAUCCACAUACAUGGUCUAAAGCAAGUGAUGGUGCUACAGAUUACUGUUUCAAUCUUAUAUUUUUUGCACUUGAAGAGAAACAAAAAACAAACGAAAAUGCACAUACGCAAAGUUGUACUUAAAGUUAGAAAACGCCACAUUAGAUGUGAGCUGACUUUGAUUUAGCAAAGCAUUUUAAACCCUGAACGCAAAAUGAAAGACUGUAGCAGUGACACAUGUGGUCAUUAAGACACUGAAGAAUGUUGAGACUUCUGACACUGGAUUUGUAUGAAAUAUGUACAUUUUACUUGAAAAGUUGCUUCAUCUUUAACUUAAGCACUGUCUGUUUAAAAUGAUUUUUUUAAUCUGAAUUUCUUGUCUGAACAGCAUCCCUAAAGUCAUAAUUAUUUUACUGAUAUUCAAGUUUGAAAAAAAAAUGAAAAAAAGGUUAUGGUAAACUUUUUAAAAAAGGAAAAUAAAUGAGCACAAUAUUCCUCAUGUUUUGCAGGAUAGAUUUCAAAAUGUCUGAUUAAGCAGAUGUGGUUUGGAUUUUAUCUAUGCAGAGAUGCGGUGCUGCUUAAGCUUGCUUUAGACCAUUUUUUCCACACAAUUGAUCGGUCAUGAUCGUGACGACGACAACGUGGUUGGAAUACAUGAUGGCAUGCCUGAAACUGCAUGUGAGCAUUGGACUGUAAAUUAACCUGACGUUGUGCACAAUUGAUCUCUGGGUUGAAGACGGUAAUCAAACUAAUCAAUAAAGUUGUCUAUUUUUA